AUGGAGGUGGAUUCCAGUGAAAAGAGCAGGGAGGGAACCAGUGAUAAUGACGAACGGAUGGUCGUUGAGUACGGCGGAAGAUGCAUGAGUACCCAAGCUAUGCAGUCUCUUUAUGAUUUGAGACAGAAUAAUUUAUUCUGCGACGCUGUCGUGCAUCUCGAGGACGGCGGAGUCUUUUCGAUUCAUCGGGCCAUAUUAUCAGCAUGCAGCAGUUAUUUCAGAACUCUGUUCACCACGUCCUUCUACACCGAAGAGAAAACGGAAGUUCGCCUUCCGGGUGUCACCUCCGAGAUAAUGGAACUAAUCCUGAAAUACGCCUACCUGCGCUCCCUAGAAGUGACCCACGACAACGUAUGUGACCUCCUGAUAACGUCCAACUACCUCUGCAUAAUGGGCAUAAUAAAGCUCUGCUGCACGUAUUUGAAAAACAACCUGACCCCUGAGAACUGCAUAUCCGUAAUGAGAUUCGGUAAAGAGCACUUCUGCAGUGAAUUGGAGAGUGACGCGCACACAUUCGUAAUGAGAAACUUCAUUGAUGUUGCCCAGAGGAAUGAAGAGAUCCUCGAACUGUCGAUUGACAAACUUUUGCCAUUAGUGGGCGCUGAUGAGUUGAAUGUUAAGAGUGAGGAGAUCGUGUGGGAAUUGGUGAUAAAGUGGAUAGAUCACAAGCCGGAGGAGAGGAGGCAGCACAUUGUGGAGCUCAUGAAGACUAUCAGGCUGGGGUUGUUGGACACCCAGUACUUUCUGGAGAGAGUGAAGGAGCAUCAUUAUGUGGCAGGUGUGGAGACAUGCAGACCGAUUAUCAUUGAGACACUUACGUUCCUCUAUGAUCUGGAGAUGAUCACCCAGAAGGAUGGCGAACUGGCUACUCCCGAGAUCGCCAGGCCCAGGGUUCCCCAUGAGAUUCUCUUCACUAUUGGAGGAUGGAGGGCUAACAAAACCACUUCUGCUAUUGAGACUUACGAUACUAGGGCUGAUCGCUGGAUUCCAGUUGCCGAAAUGGAUCCAAUCGGAGGUCGUGCCUACCACGGAUUAGCAGCCAUUGGUUUCAAUAUUUACGUCAUCGGUGGCUUCAGCAGUGGCCUACAGAAUGCAACGAACAUAAAUACUAAAAGCUACUUCAAUAGCUGUCGCUGCUUCAAUGCUGUUACCAAAGUCUGGAGGGAAGUAGCCCCUAUGAAUGCCAGGAGGUGUUACGUCAGUGUUGCUGUCCUUAAUGACGUGAUUUAUGCAAUGGGAGGGUACGAUGGACACUUUAGGCUCAAUACCGCGGAGAGAUACAAUUACAAGGAGAACCAGUGGUCACUCAUUGCCUCCAUGAAUCGACAGAGAUCUGAUGCCAGUGCUACUACUUUGAACAAUAAAAUUUACAUCGUGGGAGGGUUCAAUGGACACGAGUGUCUGAGUACAGCUGAAGUUUAUAAUCCUGACACUAAUCAGUGGACUAUGAUAGCGUCGAUGAGGUCACGCAGGAGUGGACUUUCUUGUAUUUCCUAUCACGGAUAUGUUUAUGCUAUAGGAGGUUUUGCCGGAAACGCGAGAAAGAAAAGUGGCGAAAAAUACGAUCCCAGUACCAACAGAUGGCAGCAUAUUCCUGAAAUGUACAAUCCGAGGAGUAAUUUUGCCAUUGCAGUAAUUGACGACAUGAUUUUUGCUAUCGGAGGGUACAACGGUAUGAGUACAAUGUUUCAUGUUGAAUGUUACGACGAAAGAACCAACGAAUGGUACGAAGCCACUGACAUGAACUUCUUCCGUUCGGGUCUCGCUGCUUGUGUGAUAAUGGGUCUACCAAACGUUUGCGACUAUAUCCACAAACAUCGGGAUAGACUCAUGGAAGAGAAACGACAGAAAUUGAUAGCUCUAGAGACUCAAAGAAAUCAGCAACAAUAUUCCCAAUUUCCCCAGGACCAUGAAAAUUUUUUCUCGAAUCCGAUAUUAACCGUCACUGGUGUCAAUCUCUACAGCGAUGCUAACAAUAAUUCGCUGGUGUAAAAAAAUUAUUUGAGGAAUAACAUUCAAGAAUAACA